CGUAGUGGCGCGCGGCAGUUGGGAUCGGUCGUCGGCGGGAGAAGGCGUACGUCGUGUCAAAGCGUGCCAGCACCACUUCGUCGGCAGCCGCGGAGGAGAGCAGACCGACUACCAGAUCGCUGAGCGCGCUCCCGCGUGCUCACCUGCGACUGACGCGCGUUGUGCGAUGGAAACUUCUCUGUACGGGGACCAGGACUACACCGCAGUGUACCGCCUCCCGCAGAUGGACAGCGUGCAGCAGAUGAAGAAGCGCAUGACGCUGGACCUGGACGUGCGGCCAGGCAAGCGGCAGCGCACUGACCAGCUGCUCACCUCGCCGGACAUCAACAUGCUGAAGCUGGCGUCGCCCGAGCUGGAGCGCUUCAUCACGCAGCACGGCCUGGCGACGACGCCGACGCCCGGUCCACAGGCCAUCAGCGCCGUCUUCGGCCGCACCGUGACCGAGGAGCAGGAGAACUACGCGCGCGGCUUCGUCGACGCGCUGCACCACCUGAAGCAGCAGGAGCAGGAGGGCGGUGGCCUGUACGCGGCGGACGCGUUCGGCGGCGACCCGUCACCCGUGUACACGACGCUCGAGUCGAGCGGCGCCGGCCCGAUGCCCGUGGCGAGCACGGCCGUGGCCUCGCUGCCCGGCCAGCAGUACUACGGCCUGCCCGGCGGCCAGUUCGAGCCGGUGCACAUCAAGGAGGAGCCUCAGACGGUGCCUUCCGUGUCGUCGCACGCCUCCAGCCCGCAGCCGCCCAGCCCGGUCGACAUGGCCGAGCAGGAGCGUAUCAAGCUCGAGCGCAAGCGGCUGCGCAACCGGAUAGCGGCCACCAAGUGCCGCAAACGCAAGCUCGAGCGCAUCGCACGGCUGGAGGACCGCGUGCGGCAGAUCAAGAGCGAGAACAGCGAGUUGGCGGCAGUGGCCGGCCGCCUGCGCGAGCAGGUGAUGGCGCUGAAGAAGGAGGUGCAGCAGCACUCGCAGAACGGCUGCCAGAUCCUGCCGCCGCGCUGACGGCCGGGCUGCCAGAUGGCUGACGGCUGCACUGGCGGCGCUCCGCCGCGCGUGAUAGGCAACAAGUGCUUUGCCAUGCUGUGAUUGGUCGUACCAUCAUGCUCCGACGUGCCUCCUUGGAAGGUCGAAGAGUCGGAACGCUAGUCAUAUAGGCGCGUCGCAUAUAAUCAUCAUUCCAUGCUUGUGCGCGCGCCAGCCGCCUUGCGCGGCACGGCGGCCUGACGCGGCGAGAGGCGGGGCGGCGUCGGCUUCAUCCGCCGGCGCCGACGGAGCCCGCCGUGCCUCCACCGCCGCUCGCCGCGCGCCGCGACGGACGCCGCGCUGACACCGGCUCACGUAUGGGCGACUGGACGGCCGCCGGCCGGCGCCGAGCCCGGCCCCGGCGGCGCCGCGGCGCCAGCUUGCUAACAUGAUCACCGAAUGGGCGGCAAUGUACAACGCAACGAUGCCUUAGCGAUCGUACGUUUCGUGGAGCGGGGGCGCGCCGACGACUUGUGCCGGCGCGUCCGCCCCGGCGGGAUGUCGGGCCGGGCGGGCCGGGUUUAAGUGUUUGCGCCAGGUUUUGUUUUGUUUCAUUUAGUCUUGACGUUGAUGAGCCCUGCGGGCUGCGGAUGCUUCCAUGGUUUUGUAUGACUUUUGAUGGACAGAGUGCGUUAUAUACACAUGGAACUGAG